AUAUUUAACCCAUCUUUCAAAUAAAGUGCGCUAAAUUGUACAACGCUUAUCAACCGCAACAAGUAACAGUGCCUAGGUAAACAACUGCCUAAACUCAAAGUGGCCUCAGAAAGGGAGUGAAAAAGCGUGUAUGAAUCAGAACCGGUGUUGGUGUUGAUACGGCCGCGGCGUAUUAUUGCCGGCAUAUCAGUUUGGCCGCCUGGUGGCAUAUCAGUGUGGGGUGUAAAAAAAAGCCAGAGAGUUUCGCAAAAAAGGGUAAAAAACCCGUCCUUCCCAAUAGGCAGUGGAACCAUCGGGACACAGAAUCGCAACAUGCCCAAUUUCUAUCGAACGGAAAUUAACAAAACGGAAUGGGAGGUACCGAAGAAGUAUCAAACCCUGACACCGGUUGGUAGCGGAGCCUACGGGCAGGUCUGUUCCGCUAUGGACUCAGAACACAACGUUAAGGUUGCGAUAAAGAAGCUCGCUCGUCCAUUCCAAUCGGCCGUACAUGCGAAACGUACCUACCGCGAGCUGCGCAUGCUGAAGCACAUGAACCAUGAGAACAUUAUCGGCUUGCUGGACGUUUUCCACCCUGGCGACAACACGCUCGAUUCCUUCCAGCAGGUCUACCUCGUGACACACCUGAUGGGUGCGGACCUCAACAACAUCAUCCGCACCCAGCGUCUCUCGGACGAGCACGUCCAGUUUCUCGUCUAUCAGAUCCUGCGCGGACUCAAGUACAUUCACAGUGCCGGCAUCAUACACCGGGAUCUGAAACCGUCCAACAUUGCCGUGAACGAGGACUGCGAGCUGAAAAUACUAGACUUUGGGCUGGCUAGACCGACCGAGAACGAAAUGACCGGCUACGUCGCGACACGCUGGUACCGUGCGCCUGAAAUCAUGCUCAACUGGAUGCACUACAAUCAAACCGUAGACAUUUGGUCGGUUGGCUGUAUCAUGGCGGAGUUGCUGACCAGCCGGACCCUUUUCCCCGGCACCGACCACAUUCACCAGCUAAACCUUAUCAUGGAGAUACUCGGCACGCCGAACGAUGAGUUCAUGGCGAAAAUAUCCUCGGAAAGUGCACGACACUACAUCAAAUCGCUCCCGAAAACAGAGAAACGCAAUUUCAGUGACGUGUUUCGAGGUGCCAACCCGCUUGCCAUCGAUCUGUUGGAGAAAAUGUUGGAACUGGAUGCCGACAAGCGAAUAACUGCCGAACAGGCCUUGGCUCAUCCGUAUUUGGAGAAGUAUGCCGAUCCAUCCGAUGAACCCACGUCCACGCUAUACGAUCAGAGUUUCGAGGAUAUGGACUUGCCUGUUGAGCGGUGGAAGGAGCUGGUGUUCCAGGAAGUGGUCAAUUUCGUCCCACAGCAGCACGCGCACAUUGGUGGCGGUGAGCCUCAGGCGUAAAUCUAGACGCAAUCGAGGUGAUCCGUGCACCCUUAGCCCAGUGCCAGCGUCGGUGUUGUUCGUUCAGUGCAUUUUCGUGAGGGGAUGAUGCAAAAAGAAAAAUGCGCUUGACGUACUCUCCGACAAUCAUGUAUUCUAAUGUCGAUAAGUUUUUGCUGAUAAGUCCGGGUUGCUGGGUAUAACUAGGUAGAAAGAAUUGGCGGCACAAGAUAGAGUGGGAAUAUGGAGAAGACGGACAUUGUAACAGGAUGUAGUUUUUUUUAACGAAUUCCCGUAUUCCUAAAUGUAGCGAAAAGACCAGAAAUUACGAAAAGAUGCUCGGCAUAUACAUUAGAUGUGCUGUUGUCGAAUCUUAUGCAAGAUCAGAAUUGAACCGGACAGGAGGACUUGUGUCCUUGUGCAAAAUUAUGCACGUGCAACAAAAAGUUGUCAAAGUAUUGACCCACGUAAAAUGAGAACGGUAAGGAGGUUUGCUCUCAUCCUAAUUCCAGCUUUUCAAAACAAAUUUAUAAUCCUACAGUUUGACUACUGCACCUACAACUCCAACUCGCUUAGAAAAGAAAAAAAGAUCAGAAGAAUCAAAUAAACUACGGCCGAAUAAAAAAACAAAACGGUUGUCGUUUACAACCGUAAAUAAAAGUGUACUUCAAACAAUAACAUUAACGCAACUAUUUGAUACGAAUAAAAUACCUACGGUUAUACUGUAGCUCAGUCAUAAGAUGUUAUUGUCGUUGGAAUAAAUGUUAAA